UCUCGCCGCUUCGAGAAUCGCUGCCCGUUCGAGGCGGCUCCUCCUCUCUCAACGUCGGACGACAUCCGCCCUUCCUUUCAUCUUUCAUGGCCUCCGCUAAGGUUGACGAUCGUGGCUUAGGGUCCAAAAGGUCGCGCAGUGAGGGUUUUAGGCGUGAUGGAGAUUGGACUUGCCCUAAAUGUGGAAAUGUGAACUUCAGUUUUAGAACAGUAUGUAAUCGUGGGAGUUGUGGUACUGCUCGUCCAUCUGCCAGUCCCAGUCCAAGACCUGGAGCGGCUCCUUACCCUGGUGGGUUUGAUCGUCAGUUGCCUAGUUAUUAUGGUGGAGUGGUGGGUCCACCACCUAUGCCACAUGGAAUGUCUGGUGGAUUUGGUUCCCCCCUUCCACCUCUUCAUGGGUUGCGCUAUGACUAUGGGCCACCGACAGGUGCUGCUGGUCUAUAUGGCCUUAUGUCUCCAUAUGGUCCAUCAGGGUCAAUUGGAGGGCCAAUUGGAGUGUAUGGCUAUGGACUUGGCCCUGUCAUGGAUAGAUAUGGUGGACCUGAUCCAAUGAUGAACAGAUAUGGUUAUGGCUAUCGUGGUUUCCCAAUGCCGCUUUCAGGUCCAACAAGUGCAGAGCAAUUAGAUAAUAGUGCUUCAAGGAAACGCCGCGGAGGCCCUGAUGGGUUAUCAGAGGGCGAUUGGGUAUGCCCUAAAUGUGAAAAUGUUAACUUCGCAUUCAGAACAACCUGUAACAUGAAGAAAUGUGGAGCUCCUAGACCUGCGCUGGCUCCUAACCGUGGCAGUGGCAAGGAACAAUCUGAUGCCCCUGAGGGUAGCUGGACUUGUGAGAAAUGCAACAAUGUCAACUACCCCUUCCGCACUGUGUGUAACCGGAAAGGGUGCGGAAAUGAGAAGCCAUCAUCGAGCAACUAACUCUGAGAGCUGAUGCCUGCUGAUUUAUGUGCGUUCAAAUAGUUAAAUCUUGUUGAUCUACAGGUUUCUGUUUGAUGUGCACCUCUUUGCUGUGUUGCUCUGAAUGCUGGUUGCUAAUUAUUGAUUUUGAACUCGAAAGAACUUUUUUAAAUUGUAAGACUUCAUAGUUGUGAUAGAUUGUGAUCAUAUUAACAGUCUAUUGUGCCA